AAAGUUUUUACCAUUAUGUUCUAUAGGUGUGAAAGUUUAGCAGAAUUAAUAUGGACAAAUCGACAACAAAUUAAAGAAGUUGAUCGACUGAAGCAGAAACUCGCCUUGGAUCCACCUGGUGUCAGAGACGCCCUUGCACAACUACUGUCUGAAAUCACUCAAUUACUUAGUUCUCUUGUUACAUCGACUUUUAUAAUUGAAAAACAACCUCCACAAGUUAUGAAAACAAACACAAGAUUUACAGCAACAGUACGUUUACUUGUCGGCGGUAAAUUAAACGUACAUAUGACACCUCCACAGGUAAAAGUCACAAUUAUUUCUGAAGCUCAAGCCAACAUUCUCUUGAAGAAUGACAAACUGGGAAAAAAUGGAGAUGCCAGUGGAGAAAUAUUAAAUAAUACAGGUACAAUGGAGUAUCAACAGGCAACACGGCAGUUGUCCGUUAGCUUUAGAAAUAUGCAGUUGAAGAAAAUCAAAAGAGCCGAAAAGAAAGGAACAGAAAGUGUGAUGGACGAGAAAUUUUCACUACAUUUCCAGUCACAGUUUAGUGUCGGAGGUGGCGAACUUGUCUUCCAUGUCUGGACGCUCUCUUUACCUGUGGUCGUCAUCGUACAUGGCAAUCAGGAACCGCAUGCAUGGGCUACCGUUACCUGGGACAAUGCGUUUUCAGAACCUGGUCGGGUACCUUUUACUGUUCCUGACAAGGUUCCGUGGAACAAAGUAGCAGAAACCCUAUCCCUUAAGUUCAGAGCAGCAACGGGCCGACCGUUGACAGACGAAAAUCUUUGUUUUCUUGCACAGAAGGCUUUCAGGGGAAAUUUUACAGAUAAUAAUCAACUUCUAAGUUGGGCACAGUUUUGUAAAGAACCACUGAAUGAACGAAAUUUUACCUUUUGGGAAUGGUUUUAUGCAGUUAUGAAGUUGACUAGGGAACACCUUAGGGGACCUUGGAUGGAUAAUGCCAUACUGGGAUUUAUUCGCAAAAAGCAAGCAGAAGAAAUGCUUCAAAAUUGUCCAAAUGGAACUUUCUUGUUAAGGUUUUCUGACAGCGAAUUAGGUGGAAUUACAAUAGCUUGGGUUUCAGAAAAUCAAGAAGUGUUUAUGCUCCAACCAUUCACAUCCAAAGACUUUGGAAUUCGAUCUCUUGCCGAUCGUAUUUCCGAUUUAAAUCAUCUUGUUAAUCUUUAUCCAGAUAUUCCAAAGGAUAUUGCUUUCAACAAGUAUUAUACACCUUUCCAAGAUAGUCAACCAACUACAAGCAACGGUUAUGUGAGGCCACUGUUAGUAACACAAAUACCGGGUUGGAACGGUCCGGCGUCCGUAAGUUACCCGAACACACCCCAACAUUCGUUCUUACAGUCACCCGAUCCAGGCAGAGAUACUCCAUCCGUUGCCAGCAGUUACACCGGAUCAGUGGCGACGCCCGCGGCCGGCACUGGACAAGGAGUUGACUACUUGGACCAAUUAGACGAAUGCAACAUCGAUAUAAACGGCCUCGUCAAUCUGAGCGAACUCAUGCAAGACUACAGACAAUAAUUGUUCAUAUUUUGGGGAGUGGAUUCGGCCUUGGCACUGUUGUUUGGCUGUCAAUGUCGUUACCAAGUAUUUCUCACCCGAGUUUACACUCAGCGAACACUUGGUUGUCGAAUUGUGUAACUAUUUGUCAGCACGUGAUGCACGCACACUACAUGCACGCGAUAUGUCUGGUAUUUUUUUUUUAUUUUGGUUUUAUGUAAAGAUUUUGGAAAUGUUACUGUAGGUCUCUUGAAGGCGAUGUGAGCUGAACGUUUCUUCUCUUGAUGUGCAGUUGUGGAGAAAUUAUGUGAUUUGUAAGUACAUAGUAAUUUUUAGUAAGAAACGAGAUUGCAUGUUAAACGUUUAGUAAGGUCAAAAACAAUCAUAACAUUUUCUUUUUUAAAACAAAAUUAUGUGUUAAGCUAUUUAGUUGUUUAAUUAUUGUUUUAAAUAUAAAUCUUAAGUCUAUUAAAAUUGUUGAUAAAGAAGUCAAUGUAAAAACCAUGGUGCUUUAAAUGAAAGCAACAAUUAAGUGAGAGUAAUCAGAUGGAAAAAUAUCGUAGUAUUUCUGUGAAAUCAGCUAUUACUUUUUUAUAUUGACUCGCUUACAAAUUUACCACAAAUGAAUUAAUUGAUUUCAGAAAACAUAAUCUAUAAAAAGAACAUUGAAAUAGCCAGAUAGCUAUAGAUUACUGUAUUAUAAUUUAUUUCAUUGCGUCCAAAAAAAUCGAAUUACGAUACAUGUAUUUGCAUUUUUGACAAUCGAAAAAGCUAAUAAAAAAAUUUUAGUAAUUGUUAAUAUUUAGUAAAUUUUAUAACAUAUCAAGUAAUUUUUGUCAUGGUUUAUUUUACAAAAAUUAGUUUAGAUGCAAGUGCAUAGAAAUUGAACUUUUAUCGCAUUUGCUGUUUAUUUAUGUACAGUUUUAAGUUAAAUAGUAAGGCAAUUUUGACUACAUAUUACUUUUGUAAUGCUACGUUACAUUUAUUGAAUAUCAUGAUCUCUGUUAUUAAUUGCAUUUCGGCUCAAAAUAAGACCUACAGUGUUGUAAUUUUUGUUUAUAAGCUUAAAAAAAAUUAAUGUCUUAGGUUGUUAACUAUUUGCAUGUCAUUAAAUUAAGUCCGGCAUGUUAGUUUUAAUUCCUGUUAAAUGAUUAAUUCACUGAAAAAAUAUAGCCUGUAAAAACAGCUACAUAUUCUUUUACAAAACAUAGAGCAAGUAUAUACAUACUUCUAUUUUUGAAAAAUUAAUUUUUACACAAUAGGAGGAAUUAGUCUGUUUUUGUGCAAUAUCAUCUAAUUCUACUCUUAUGUGAUGCUAGAAGUAUCAACUACUUUUUUUUUACUUUUAAGUGAAGGUUUUUAAUGUUUCUUAAUUAUACAUUCAUUAAAUUAAUUAAGUACUUGAUAAUUGCAUGUUUCAAAUAGGUGGAAGCACUUCGCAUGCGUUUUAAAAAAAUGUCUAUAAAAUGGUUGUUUAAUAAAAUAAAAUAAAUAAAAACUAAUUUUAUUACAUUUAAAAAAAAUUAUGUUCUCAAAUUUUGGCUUUGUACUUAACCAAACUUUUUUUAGAAUCAUUUUAUUUAAAUAACGUAAAGCAUGCCAUAAACUUUCUAAGGAAAAUAAAUAAAACAUUUAUGUAAUAAAGUGAAAUUAUAUGAAAUAAUGGUAAGGAAUAAAUGAAAGUUCAAAAUGUUGAGUUUUAAACAUAAUUCUUGUAUGAGUAAAUGACUUGAUGAACUGUAAUUUUGAAACUUGAGUUAUCAAGUGCUAUUUUAUGUAAAUGUAAUUGUUUUUGGGAUUCAUGUGCCUGUUGUGUACCAAUGAAUAUUUUAUAUAAAAUGUGGAUUGUGAUAUCUUUAAAGAAAAUUUUUAUUAAGGUGACUGUUUACGUAGAGUAUGGAAUUUUGAAAUGUCAAAUCAGUCAGUUAUAAACCUAGAAUAUAAUUAAUAUUUACUAUUAACUAAUAUAGUGCCAUAAUAUUUUGCUCACUCGUUACACAGACAAUGAAAUUCUGAGCACUUCUCCGUCAAUUAGGGCCUUAAAACACUGUUACAAAUUGUAGUGUAUAUAAAAAUUAAUGAUUAUUAUGUGCAAGUUUUAUUGUCAGUUUAGGUGCUACCUGUUAAGCAACAUUGAAAUGGCUGUACAUUGUGUAUUGCAAUUUUAAGUACAAUAUUUUUUGUUUUAACAAGUUGUGCUUUUUCUUUUACACUAUAUAUGUUUCAUAUUAUUGUUUAUUGGUCAAAUAAAGUUGGAAAAAUAAGAUCAA